GUCACAUGUCAACAUGGCUGCUUCUGUCUCCAGCGAACAUUUUGAACAUUUGCAGCUUCUUCUGAAGGCUCCGUCAAAAGAAGUCGUGAGAGACGUUUGUGUUCAGAGUCACAGAGGUCCGAGCCGCCGGCUGACAGAAACCACAGCGGCUACGCUCAGCAUCGCUCCGGCUCAGGCUGCACAGCUCGUCCAGUCUCUCCACAUUCUGUCCCAUCACGUCCUCUUCCACAACCUCAGCUCUCCGGAGCAGAUCCUCCUCCUCUUCCCCGAGUCUUUCCACUCCAGUCUGAAGAACCUGAUCACCAAGAUCCUGCUGGAGAACAGUCCGACGUGGAAAACAGAAGCUGUCAGUGAUCAUAUCUCUCUCCCCCAGCUGAAGGAGUUGGACUGGAGAGUCGACAUGGUGACGGGCUCAGACUCGGUCAGUCGGAUGUCCGUCCCGACCUGCAUGGUUCAGUUUAAGAUGGAGGAUCCGUGUCCGUCGGCGGGCAGCGAGUCGGUUUCCGCGGUGACGGUGGAGCUGGGCAGGGAGUCUCUAGACACCAUACUGGACGGACUGGGACGCAUCCGUGACCAGCUGUCUGUGGUCGCUGGGAAAUAAGGACUCUAAAUCACCACCACCGCCACCGAGACAGCUGAUUGGCUUGUUCAUAUGAUGACAUCACAGCUCUGUUAAAGGACUCUUAUUUUACAGACAGAUGUGUUUGUGGACUAAAAAAACAGCUUAAAUCUUCACGUUGGACCAACAUGUUCAUUAUUUUGUGUUUUCCUCAUUUAACUUAGCUUGUAACCUGACCGAAAAAUAAUCAAGUGCAAUUUUUAAUAAACGAUGUAACCUUUGAGUCUGUCUUCAAGUUAAAAUAUAAAAUGUAUGAAAACUGCAAAAAACACACAUUGCAAAUCUUUGUUGUUUUUCUUUUUUUAUUAUAUUUUUUGGCUGUUGAUCAUCAGAUAACAGAAGAAACCAACAACUUGAGAUAAACUUUUGUCAAUAUAUUAACAUUUUGUAAG